AUGAGGGAGAAGGUUGACAUAUGUGGCAUCUCUAAAACCCACUGGAAGGAUCAAGGACACUUCCACACGGAACACCAUAACAUAUACAUGUCAGGAGGUGCGAACAGAGGACGGAAUGGAAUCGCGUUCUUGGUUAGCAGGAGGAUUGCACAGACGGUGCACUCGUAUGAGCCCAUCAAUGACAGAAUAAUCAAGAUCACCCUUGCAGCUAGACCGAGAAACCUUCACCUGGUACAGGUGUAUAUGCCUACAGGCGACGCCCCUGACGAAGAAAUCGAGUCAAUCUAUGGCGAUGUGGAGGAUCUCCUGAGAAAUAUACCCUCGAAGGAACUAAUCAUUGGGGACUUUAAUGCCAAGGUGGGGAAGGUCGAGGGAGCUCAUCUGAGAGGCACAGGGGGAGCAUUUGGACUGGGUGUGAGGAACGAGAGAGGAGAACGCCUCAUCCAGUUUGCGGUGGAGAACGAACUGGCCAUCAUGAAUACCAUGUUUCAACACCAUCCUCGAAGACUGUCGACCUGGAUCAGUCCCAAUAAGGAAUACCAAAAUCAAAUUGACUACAUGAUGAUCAAAAAGAGAUGGAGGACAUCGAUAAGAAAUGUCAAGGCUAAGCCUGGAACGGACUGUGACUCUGAUCACAAACUACUACUAGGAGCUUUUAGCAUAAAAUUCCACUUCCUGAAGAGGGGGAAAAACAGGAGAUGA